AUGCCUACUUCUCCCUCUUUCGGGCUUGCCAUAGGCCUGGCUGCCAUGGGCUCCCUGGUCGCAGCUGGUCCAUGUGAUAUCUACGGCGAUGGCGAUACACCUUGCGUCGCAGCCCACAGCUCCACUCGCGCUCUGUAUGAUGCUUAUAGUGGCCCACUUUACCAAGUGUCGCGGGCUUCUGACAGCAAGACCGCUGACAUUUCGCCUGUGUCUGCGGGCUCAGUGGCCAAUUCUGCUGUCCAAGACAGGUUCUGUGCCCGCACCAACUGCAGCGUAACUAUAAUUUACGACCAGUCCGGCAAUGCCAAUCACCUUACUCAAGCGCCUGCGGGAGGUGCAGCGCCAGGCCCAGACAAUCUGGCCAGCGCAACUGGAGCCCCGGUCACGCUGAACGGGAAAAAGGCGUAUGGUAUCAAGAUCCAGCCCGGCAUGGGAUACCGCUGCAAUACCGCUGUAAAGACAGCCACUGGCGAUGGGGCGCAAGGCAUGUAUGCUGUUCUUGAUGGAACAGAUUACAACGGUGAAUGUUGCUUCGACUACGGUAAUGCGGAGACAAAUAGUAACGACAAUGGUAAUGCCCAUAUGGAGGCUAUCUACUUCGGACUUGGUACUGGAUAUGGUACCGGAACUGGAAGCGGUCCCUGGAUUAUGGCUGAUAUUGAGAACGGUAUAUCUGCCGGUGAUCAGUUCGAUGUGACAUCGACCAAUCCGUCAAUUACCUCGCGUUUUGUUACGGCUGUCGUUAAGGGGGAGCCCAACCACUGGUCUAUCCGUGGUGGCGAUGCUACCACUGGCUCGCUUGGAACAUACUGGAGUGGAGUUUACCCAGAUGGUUAUAGCCCGAUGAAGAAGGAGGGUGCUAUUAUUCUGGGUAUUGGUGGUGAUAACAGCAACUGGGCCCAGGGAACUUUUUAUGAAGGUGUUAUGACUUCGGGUUAUCCCUCGGAUGUUACCGAGAAUUCGGUACAGGCCAAUAUUGUCGCGGCCAAAUACGCUACCUCCUAA